AUGGCGGCUGACCUCCGGCAGGCGCCGGCGUGGUUCGUCUGGCUGGCCGUCCUCGGCGCCCUCCACGUCGCGGCGCUCUCGUCCCGCCUCCUCGUCCACCUCGCGCACUGCCUGCGCCGUCCCAGGGACCUCCGCCGGCGCUACGGCGCGUGGGCCGUGGUCACCGGCCCGACGUCCGGCAUCGGGCGGUCCGUCGCCCUGGAGCUCGCCGGCCGGGGCCUCAACCUCGUCCUCGUCGGUCUAGACGCCGCGGACCUCCGGGAAGUCUCUGACACGAUCACCUCCCGCCACCCCGUGGAGACCAGGACCGUGGUGUUCGACCUCUCCCUCGUCUCCACUCCCCAAGGCGACGAGGCGAUGCGGCGGCUCCGGGACGUCGUGGAGGGGCUGGACGUGGGCGUCCUCGUGAACAACGCCGGGGUGAUGAGCCCUCGCGCGGCGUUCUUCCACGAGGGCGACUUGGAGGCGUACGUGCGCAUGAUCCGCGUGAACCUGUGGGCGCCGACGGAGGUGACGGCGGCGGUGAUCCCGGGCAUGGCGGCGCGGGGCAGGGGCGCCGUGGUCAGCAUGGGGUCGGCGACGUCGGAGGCCGUCGCCUCCUUCCCGCUCCACGCCGUCUACUCCGGCACCAAGCGGUACGUCGCGGUGCUCUCCGGGGGCCUCGCCGCCGAGUACGGGGGCCGAGGGGUCGACGUGCAGUGCCAGGCGCCCAUGUUCGUGGCGACGGCGAUGAUCGCCGACUUCUCGGCGGUCUGGCGCCCCGCGCCGCUGGUGCCCACCGCCGACGCCUACGCGCGCGCCGCGGUGCGCUGGGUCGGCCGCGGCGGCCCGCUCUGCGUGCCCAGCCUCCGGCACCGGCUGCUGUGGUGCCUCCUCGCCGCCGUGCCCGGCCGCGUCCAGGACUGGGCCUGCCUGCGCGAGGGCCUUCGGCAGAGGAACACGUCCCGGAGAUCGUCGACGGCGUCCGCAAACCUUAACUAAAUCAAAACUUUCCCUGCCUUCUUCUACCCAUAUCCAAAUCAAAUUAAAUUUUACCAAAAAUCAGAAAUAUGAUCGUUCCAAGA